AUGACAGGUGUAACUUCUGCAGAAGAGCUAGCUGAAAAAUACCAAAAAUUAUUUUCGGAAUAUUCACGGAUCAAAGCUCAACAAUCAAUACUUAAGAAGGCUGUUAUUAAGGAACAAGCAGAUAAUGUGUCAUUAAAGGAAGAACGUAGAUCUAAAGAACAAGAAUUGCGAUCAUCUUUAGAACAAUUAGAUCUUUUGACACUUCAUAAUCAACGUUUAACAAGACGUAUUGAAAGUUUGCAAGAUUCAAGCGGUUCGAGGAUAUCGUCUGGUUGGUUUUUGGGUUCUGCAAAAAAAGAGCUUGAACAAUUAAAAUCUAAUUUGGAAGCUGCUACAGUAGAGCUUCAAAGAAAGAUUGAAGAAAAUGAAAAUUUACACAAGGAAUUGUUUGAAGUUAAUAAUAACUAUUCAGAAGAUAUUAAAGUUUUUCAAUCAAGAAUUUCUGAAUUAGAAAAAAGAGAAGAAGAAUUACAUUCAGAAUUUAUGAGAUCACAACAUGCAUCUGAAGAAGCUAUAAAUGUUUUGGGAAGAGAAAAACAUGAACUUCAUAAUGAAGUUGAUAAAAUAAGAGCUGAAUUAAACAUGACAAAAUCAUUAAUGAUAAAGAAUGAACAAAAAAUUAAAGAUGGUGAUGAUGGUUUACGAUAUGAAAUGGAUACACUUAGAGAUAUUCUAUCACUCCAUCUAGGUUUAUCUGAUGACAAUAAAUUUGAUCAAUUUGAAUAUGAUUCGGAAUUUAGUGAGAUAAUUGCAAGUUAUAAACAGUUACAAUCUAGCGCACGAGAUUAUUUACAGGCUCUUGGAGAUAAUUCUGAUGGAGUAAAUGAAUUAGCUUCAAAAGUUAAAAAAGCAAGUCAGCUAUGGCAACAAAAUUUACAGAUUUUGGCUAUAAAAUUAAAAUCUGCACAAAAAUUUGAAAACAGUAAAUUAAAAAAUGAACAAAAGGUGAGAGAAGCCAAAGAAAUUGAUUCAAAUAAAAAAAUCAAAUCAUUAGAAUUUGAAAAUAGUAGAUUGAAGAGCGAGUUAGAAAAUCAAGAGUUGAAAGAAGAAGCCAGAGAAAAUGAAAAUUAUAAAUUAAAGGAGGAAUUGGAAAAACAAAAGGUGAUACAAGAAGAUAAAGAAAUUGAUCUAAAUGAAAAGAUUGUAUCUUUGGAAUCUGAAAAUGGUAGAUUAGAGGAAGAGUUGGAAAAACAAAAGUUGAAUGAAGAAGAUAAAGAAACUGUUUCAAUUGAAAUUGCAUCUUUAGAAACUGAAAAUAAUAAAUUAAAAGAAGAAUUGGAAAAACAAAAGAUGGACGAAGAAGCUAAUUCUAAUACUAUCGCAUCUUUAGAAGCUGAAAAUAAUAAAUUAAAAGAAGAAUUGGAAAAACAAAAGAUGGAUGAAGAAGCUAAUUCUAAUACUGUCACAUCUUUAGAAGCUGAAAUUAGUAAAUUAAAGGAAGAUUUGGAAAAACAAAAGAUGGAAGGUGAUAAAGAAGUUGAUUUAAAUGAAAAGAUCGCAUCUUUAGAAGCUGACAAUAAGUCUGAAAUUAGUAAAUUAAAGGAAGAAUCGGAGAAACAAAAGUUGAAUGAAGAAGCUAAUUCUAAUACAAUUGUAUCUUUAAAAGCUGAAAAUAACAAACUAAAGGAAGAAUUUGAAAAACAAAUAGUAAAAGAAGAUAAAGAAGUUGAUUCAAAUAAAAUCAUAUCUUUAGAAGCCGAAAAUAGUAAAUUAAAAGAAGAAUUGGAAAAACAAAGGAUGGGUGAAGAAGAUAAAGAGACUAGCUUAAAUGAAAAAAUCACAUCUUUGGAAGCUGAAAUUAAUCAAUUAAAGGAAGAAUUGGAAAAACAAAAAUUGAAUGAAGGAACUAAUUCUAAUACAAUUGUACCUUUAGAGUCUGAGAUUAAUCAAUUAAAGGAAGAAUUGGAAAAACAAAAGUUGAAUGAAGAAGCUAAUUCUAAUAAAAUCAUAGCUUUAGAAGCUGAAAAUAGUAAAUUAAAAGAAGAAUUGGAAAAGCAAAGGAUGGUUGAAGAAGAUAAAGAAACUGGUUUAAAUAAAAAAAUCACAUCUUUGGAAACUGAAAUUAAUGAAUUAAAGGAAGAAUUGGAAAAACAAAAGUUGAACGAAGAAGCUAAUUCUAAUAAAAUUGCAUCUUUAGAAGCUGAAAAUAGUAAAUUAAAAGAAUUGGAAAAACAAAGGAUGGGUGAAGAAGACAAAGAAACUGGUUUAAAUAAAAAAAUCACAUCUUUGGAAGCUGAAAUUCAUAAAUUAAAGGAAGAAUCGGAAAAACAAAAGGUGAUGGAAUCAGAAAAACAAAGGGUGAUAGAAGAUAAAGAAUUCAAUCUAAAUGAAAAGAUUGUAUCUUUGGAGGAUGAAAAUCAUAAAUUAAAGGAAGAAUCGAAAAAACAAAGGGCA